AGCAUCCACUGUCCCCUAUGCCCAAGCGCUUGGUUGACAUCAAUCCUUGGUUCUCCUCAAGAGGCUCGCUGAGAUCGACGUACUCGCCUCUACGCGUAGUAAAUCUUCCGGGCGCAAGCCUGAACUUUGACUGAUAUGUCCGAGGCCGUCUUUGACGUGGAUUCGGAACUGGACCCCAGUCAGCUCGUUCAUGGUCAAGACGUUGGAAGUGGACAGUCUUUACCGACCGAUGCGUCGAGAAAUGGUGAAGACACAAAAGAACAAGAUGAGUCUGAUGAUGGCGAAGAUGAAAUGCCGGACUAUUCUUCCCUGGCAACACUAUUGGCAAAGUCAAAGGGGCCUGGAUCAUCAUCACUCGAUGCCUUCAUUCCAAAGCGAGGAGAGAAGGAUUUCGAACCGACGGGCUUCACGGGCCAGACAAGAGCGCUACAGCAGAGUCGACAGACUAUGUAUCAGGCCAUAUCGGGUCAGCGAGUAAUAUCGGCUCGGAAUUUGUCGACCGCAGUAUGGGACCCUCUCACCAAGCGUGCAACAAUGGGCGUCAUCAAAGGCUCGAACUUUGCGAGUAUGGGCGUCACCAUCCGGCGAGAAGUGCCACAUCUUCCAUAUGAAACUGUCAAGCUGGACCCUACCGGGGUGCCAUACCCAAAAUACGAGUCAUCAGUACAGCUCUCACCCGAAGAGACCCUGUAUCUCAUGGAGCGAGGUGCUCUAGAGUGCUCAUUGCGCCAACAAAUGGAUUCACACUCAAGGGAGGCCCAUGUGCCACUGAGCUUGCAGCACGCGUUUGCCAUCAUGCUGGGGCCGAAGAGUUGCACUAGAGAGGAGUACCAGGUCUACGCCUACCUGAGGCGAUUGGGAUACGUUGUUCAGAGGGUUGGAAUUAUCGAUGACUUACGGAGGUCUGCUGCAGCAAGGUCAGGUCCCGUGGUGCAAGUUUCGGAUGAGCAUGCACCCAGCCUGUGGGGGACUUGGGGCCGGACAUUGCCGACAAGUAUCCUCAUUGCAAUUUCGGCUUGCCUCGAUAUCAUCCGGAAGGCAAUGCCUAAGCUUGCGCGUUCCCUGGCAAAACAAUUGGGCACCUUGAAUUGCAUUCGUAAACAUUCUGCAAGCUCAAAGAUCUCAGAAGCGGGACUGCAACUGGGUUUGGGGAGACCUAGGGUUUACGGUGAUGUUUUUUCGGAAUUGCAAUUUAUCCCAGAAUACAGCGCUUCGAAACCGAAAGGCUUGCAAGAGGACAAAAACGGGAGAGGGAAAGGGCUGCAACCAUGCUUUUACGCGUGGAGGCCCGCAACUAUGUUCAAACGGACUGAUCCACCGCCUCCAGAGUUUCGCAUCGCUGUCUGCGCUGCGAAGGACGUGAAUCUGCCCAGCUUGGUGCAGUUUUCCGACCUAUUCAGCUCUGAGGCGCUUCCGGAUGGAGACGCGCAGGGCGAACUUGAUCGGCUGAGAAUGCUCGAGCAAGCGCAAAGGAAUAACUCUGCGUACGGAAAGGGCAAGGCUCGACUUAAUGACGGUCAGGAAUUCAGUGGAAACGCCGAACCAAAUCGUGCACACGGAACGGCGUCACAGCGAGCAUUUGCUGCAUGGUCACAGCUCUUUGCGCAUUGCGCACCAGGCUGCGCAUCUAAUGUGCUGUGCGCGGCAGAGAAGAAGCCGCGGCCACCCAAUGUGAAUCCAUACCCGGCUUUGAAAGCUGGCAAGCGCAACAUUGUACUUGCCGUGGUCGACGAAGGAUGCACUGCACUCCUGAGAUUUGGGGAGAGCGACUUCAAUGCAUGGAAACUUGCUGGAUGAUCGAUGCGUGCGAAGCACGUUUGCACUGUAUUUUUACGUCCAUUGUCAAUGUAGCACCUAGGUCC